AUGAGAAGAGUCAGCCAAAGAAACAAAAGUAGGUUACGCCUUGUUUUCUUCUCCCUCAUCUUUUCUUCAUUUGAUUCUUCACUUGGUAAUCGGUGGAGAUGGUGUUUCACGGUGGAAGACUUGGUGGCUGGCCGUAAAGGACGGUUCUUGAGUGUGGUUAACGGUUAUGGUAGCGGCGGAAACCGAAACAAACCAGUGCAGGUCAAGGGGCAAGAAGGUGAUGGAAGGAGUGUGUUUGGCAGUGAAGGUUUGACACCGCCAUUUACAUCAGCGACAAUGGUCUCUUUAUGUUUUUCAUUCAAAACAGCUCCAAGAAUAACAACAACUACAAAUCCUAUCCUUCAUGAAGCAGGAGAAAGCACUUUUUGAAGAAUGUAGACGCCAUAUUCUUGAAGCCCUACAAAAAUCAAACGUCUCUCAGUUUGUUGGAGUUGCUAUAUUUCCAGAAGUUACUCCAUAGAAUUGAGGAAGGGUAAAGUAUCCUGCAUUAGAUAAUGACGUGUGAAAAUUUUUUUGAAGAGAGAAAACGAAUAAAAGGAGUAAGGAAAUGGUUGUUGGUCUUUUGCUUUUAAAGCAAUUGAAAACACGGUGACAAUCCGAGUCAAAAUUCCAUCGAUUCUUUGUGUUUGUUAUGAAUUCGUUGGAUCCGAUUUAUGUUUUUUAAAUAAAUUCCAUCCGUUAGAUCAAUAAAAUUUAGAGGAUAUAUGUGGCUAUCUGUGUGAAAUUUAAAGUUAUCAAUAAACAAAUUAGCUAACUAUUAAAGUGUUUGUAAAUCAUGUUGUGAAAGUUGUUUUUAAGACAACCUUUUAAGAGAUCCCUCA